UGGGGUGGAGAGGCUGUCUCCCCAGCGCUCUUCAGCAAGAUAGCUGGAGCCCAGCGGCUAUGCUGCUUCUCUCCUCCUCUGCAGUUCACAUAAGGUGAAAGAACUCGGCCCGAAGACCCUUACCGGGUAAGUUUGUAAGAUAAGCUUACGGAAAUGAUCAUGACAGUCCUGUACUUCGAGGCUCUGAAUCAGAAAAAGGUCUCAGAUAGCUGGCAGCCCCAACCUCUGCCCAGCUUCACUGUGUUGUCCUGCUGACAAGAUGCUUGUUCAUAGUGAACUCUGAGAUAAGGCUCGGCAGCGUCAGAAAUUGAUCAAUUCUUAGCGUAUAUGCCUUGUUUUAUUUUAGUGAAUUAUUCAUGCGUUCCCUUGCUGUUUCAAACUAUAGAAUAUUCUUUCAACUUACCAUGUGAUUAACAAGUGAGUUUCAGAGCUGCUGUAACACUGUGCUGUGAAGAACUUCUUGUAGGACCAUACUUUCAUUCACAUUUGUUUUGGCAAGUUACAAUAUUUUUUUUCAGAGAGUGGAAGGCAGCUUAGAAGAGAGAGACUGCUGUUUGUGGAGUGUUCAGCCUUAAAAAGGAGGCAAGUUUUUGGUUUGUUUGUUUUGGGCAGUUUGUAUUUUUUCAGAAACCAGAAACAAUAAGGAGAGAAAAUGAAUGACUGAGGCCAGCACCUCUGUCUCAAAUCGCUUUGUCUGUAUUGAGUUUGAUUUUGCAACAAGAAAAAAAAAAGUACAGUUGUGUUCUUUGGGAGAUAUUGCUAAUCUUAUUCUCCUCAUCUGCAAUAGGCAAACAAGAGAAAUCCAAGGGAGCAAGAACAUUAAAGCUCUAUCAGCUGAGUUCCUGAUGAAGGUGCUAAGCAGUUGCAAUGCACCCAAAACUUUAAAUGCAAAAGAUAUGGAGGCUUUAACUGCACACCCAUCAGAGGAGGAUCUCAAAAAACGUCACUUCUUCAUGACUUGUGAUAAUGAAGAUGAAGCAAGUCAGCUGAUUGAUCGUCACAGGAAAAGAAAGAAUGUAAUAUCUUUGCCAUUUAUGUUCAGACGAUCUACCCAUGAGUCAGAAACUCAGGGACAUCUAGAAUCUGAGUUGAAAUCACCUUUGUUUGAUUACCCUCUGUCACUUGUUUACGGUGUUGAAGAUACACUUCCCAAAUCUAUACAGGAUAUUCUUAUGAUACUCUUCCGGAAAGGACCAUUCACUGAAGGCAUAUUCCGGAAAGCUGCUAAUGAGAAGGCACGCAAGGAGCUGAGAGAGGAAUUAAACGCCGGAGACAAUGUUGCCUUAGAAAAAAAAUCUGUAUAUCUGUUAGCUGCGGUUUUUAAGGAUUUCCUCCGAAACAUUCCGCACAAGCUGUUGCUGAGUGAGCUUUAUGAUGAGUGGAUGACAGCAUUGGAAAAAAUAAAUCCUCAAGAGAGAACUGAAGCCAUGAAAGGGGUUGCAAGCAAACUGCCAAAGCCGAACCUUCAUUUGCUCAAGCACUUACUUUCUCUUCUUCACCACAUUAGCAAAAACUCAGAAGUCAACAAAAUGGAUUCUAGCAACCUUGCCAUCUGUUUUGGACCAACCAUGCUGAGUCCAAAUAAUGACAAAAGUCUGCCACUUGAAAUCCAGAAAGAGCUGGCUGAUAAGGUGAAGGCACUGGUGGAAUUCCUCAUUAAUAACUGUUCGGAUAUAUUUGGAGAAGAAAUCUACUCACUGUUCUGUAUGAAUACUGAUAAUUCCCUGGAUAUGUCAGAAACACUGUCACCAAACCAGCACCAUGAUUCUGCUUAUGACAGCACAGACUUUGAAGGGGAAUGCAGUUCCAGUGAUCUUCAGUCCAAGGGCUUAUCACACACUAGCAGGCCAAGCAGUACAGAACUGUACCCCAAACAGCCACUAACCCAGAUCCCUUCUGCCUUGCCACUGACUCAUUUUAAAAGAACAGUGAGCAAACUUGACAGGAGGUUCUCAGAACCAGACUUGUGGUCUUCCAAGGGCUCCCAGGAAGGCUGUGUGAGAUUUCCAAAGCCUUCUAAAAGUGAGGAGAAUUUUAUUCUGCAGAAGGAAUUGGGACAGAAGUGUAGAGGGCUGAGAAUGAGAAAGCAGACAGUCGAAUCCCAUCUUUCAGGUCUCUACAGGAACAAAAAGCCAUCAAAUCUGACAAUAAAAGGCAACUUGCCGUCAGAAUUGUCCAGUGAUUCUUUACUCAGCACAUCUUCUUCCAGUUCACUAGACAGUGCUUCCUCUGUCUCGGACUCUUCUGUCUUCACUAGCUCACCACUCUCGUCACCUUCUAUCUUCAAGAACAGUGUCUUAACUCAGCCACGGUCCUUCUCUCCCAAGAUUUCAAAUGGAAGUGACAGAGCUGUUCCAGAACUCAAGAAGCACUCCAUGUCAUUUUCUGUGGCAACCUGCAAGAAGAUGCUGGCAAAAACUGAAAGUUGUGGCAUAGGAGGCUUUCAGAGGGGCAGUUUCAAAAAGUACCCCAGGAAAGAAAGGCCUCUUUCCUGUCAAAUUGUUCAAGCAACUCAUGUGACUGUUCCCAGUCCAGAACCCCCAGGAUGUCAACUGAGAUCCCGUUUCAUGUCAGCAGAUGAAGUAUUUCGACUUGUGGAUCAGAAGAAACCUAGAAGUCCCCCUUCCUACGAAGAGGCAACCAAACACUUUUCUGCUGUUAGACUUCCAUUACACAAUAAUUUAAGGGCUCCUCCUCUGAGGUUCGUCAAGGUGCCUCAGGAUUCUAAAUCUCAGUGCCUGAGGCUCAAGAAAGAGGUCACAAACAAAGCAAAUGAGGACCUUUUUAAUGACAGACCCUCUUUGAUCAAUGCCUCCCAGGACAAAACACCAGUGGUUGAUUUUGUUAUUGGAAUACAUUCACGGGCAAAUUUGCCUCUGACCCCUCAAGUCUAUCGCCUCAGGACCAUGUCUGGGUCAUAUCAAAAGAACAAGCAAGAAUACUUGACGCGACGGAGUAGUCAGAUAACUUUUGAGCACUUACAGUGUGCAAAAGAAUCCUAUGUUUAACUUAAUUUUCUCAUUUCAAUACAAAUGUAUACAUUUUAUGCAAUGCAUGAAAGCAUGACUUUUGCCAAAUACUAUUACCUAAGCUCAUAUAAAUCCAAC